UAUGGGCCAGGUUGAGACCAACAUACCAUAAAAGAUUCUUCAUCCUCGGUGCCACGGUUCAGGAAGCUGCUUCGCAGCAGAGUGACAAAACUGACAAACAACAGACGUCCAGCUACACUUCAGAAGCGCCGCGGCCGAAGCUGCACACAGAUCAUCACAACAAACCCAGGGUGCAGCAGGUCUUUGCCAUUUUUCUGUGCCAAAUAUCUGGUGAACUACCAAAUGUUUGAUCUUCAUUUGUCAUGUAACGCCGCAGAGGGACAGUCAGUCAUGCACUGAAACCUUUAUCACAUGGAUAAUAAUAUUACCAUAUAGCCAAGAGGCACGUACAGGCAUCCACACAGACAAACAGAAGAGCAUCAUGGGAGAUUUGCCCAGCAAACGCAGAAGGCCAUCCAGCACGUCCAGCACAGAGGACCCAGGCAGCUAUGGUGGACAGGAAAACACAACAGGUGGCCAGACUGGCUUUUCUGUGGCCCUAUAUAAUUUUCCUCAUGACGGUCCAGCAGCUAACACUAUCUGUAUUGGUGACAGACUAACCAUUAUAUCAGAUGUUGGCGAUAUGUGGAAGGUAAAAGUGGGAUCAACGGGCAAAGACAGCUACAUCCCCAAAACAUAUGUCGCCAAAGUAGUGAACAAAUGGCAGUAUAAAGGCAUCAGCCGAGCUAAGGCAGAAGAGCUUCUACUUAGACCUCAGAACCAGUCGGGCUCCUUUAUGAUCCGGCACAGUCAGACCGCCAAAGGCUCUUAUUCACUGUCUGUGGUGCAAGGGCGAGGCUCAGGUCUUGUAGUCAGGCACUACCGGAUCCAUUGCUUACUCAACGGCUGGUUCUACGUGUUUACCACUCACACCUUUCCCUCCCUCAGCCGGUUGGUUGACCACUACUCUGAUUCCGUAGACGGAUUAUGCUGCUUGCUGACAAAGCCUUGCCACAUACAAGACUCAACCUCCUCCACAGUACCCAUACCAGCCCCUGUGUUUGUCAGAAAACCCACCUUUAACUGGAAGAGAGCAAAAAGAUCCAUGAUAUUUCCCAAAGAGGAGGAGGAGGAGGGGAACUCUGAGGAUAGCCCUUUCAGCGAAGGACUUCGAGAGGCCAUGAACUCCUAUCUCUUCAUGUCUCAGGAAGAGCCACUGGACAGCGAGGACUGUGACACAGCAAACGUCAGCCAUUAGGAGUUACCUUUUGACAGACUGAUAAACGUUUACUGGACACUUUCUUUCACGGUUGUGAUAGAUUUACCGCAUAAUACUAUCCAAAGUGACAUCUCGCAUUCUGAAGGAAUAUUCUUUUUUUUUUGCACAAUCCUUUGCUGUGUAAUGGACACAGCACAGUGCAAAACUUAUGCAGCUCAUUCAGAGGUUUAAGGUCAUCUUUGGCAUUCCUUGCACAUUUUGAAGAACCCGCUAUCCUUAUAAAUUCUAGGAUACUCCUGGAUUCUUCUUAAAAUAGCAAGGGGUUAUAGCCCAAUGAAAAAUUUUACAGUUUGGACAAUUUUACUGAAGAGUGCCUCAAACAGAUGUAGAUCUACAAUAGAAGAAUCUAGUAAGCCUUUUUGACUGUAAUACAAGUACAGUAAAAAGCAAUCGAUCAAAAGUGGAAAGUUCCUUAUUGUUGAAGGAAUGAAAAACCUGGCUGUACAUAAUCACAAAGAGCCUUACAGCAGUAUAACAUAUUAUAUAAUUGGCAGGUCCUGAUUAGACUGUCCUAUACUUGCUCUGUUUUUGCAUCCCUAAUUGACCUGUCGCUAAGCCCCGCCCCCCAUUGUUACCGUGUGAAAACUCGGACAAACAUAUACCAUACCAAACAUAUUGAUACCAGGGGCGGAUCUAGAUAUUUUUUCCUGGGGUGGCGAAGGGGUGGCAUGAGGUUCCAGGAGGGGGCCAUGGACAUUAUUCAAAACUUAAAAUUCUACGGAUUUCAUUGAAUAUGUUUUGUUCUCUACAUUACAUUACAUGAGGUGGGAGGCAAAUCGGAGAUGUAGCUGGCGUUUUGGAUGAUGUGGGUCUUAAUAUGUGAAUUUCUUUCUCUGUGUAAUCACUAUACAGUCUGUGUAGUCUGUACUUAAAUUAUACAGUGUCAAAAAGCAAUUCUAGGGUGGUUUGGAGGUAUGUUCCCCCAGAGAAUUUUGGUUAUACCUACCUAACCUAGAUUUAGGUUAUAUGGAUUGAAACAAGAUUCUGAUGAUUUGGGGGUAUUUUUAAAACAUGACCCCUCAAAUGAUGUCUUCUAGUGAGUUUUGAGGGAAUAUGGACAAAUUUAGUCAUACAAAAUAAGCCAUCAGUAGAUUUAGGUAUCUGAAUUGAAACAAGAUUCUAAUGCAGGAUUGUUGCAAUGAUAACCAUGACUGUGAAUUUCCAUCUGAUUCAAUAAAGACUAAGUAAGUACCUUCUUAGU